GCGCCACCCACCGCACGGAACAUCGAAGCGGCUAUUGAUCCAUAACCUAGCUAGCUAGAAUCAAUCGAAUCGAGGCAGCUCUCAAUAAUUGUUGGGUAUCACAAACCACGAUGGACACCCCCCAAAAAUAUUCACCCAUGUUCCUCUUCCUGGCCUCUGCCGUUGCCAUCCUGAUCACUGCACUUAUUCAAGUGUACCGCCGCCUCAAACCGUACCCUGUCGACAAAUCUAUCCCCGGUCCUCCCAGAGAACCUUUCUUGGGAAUUCUAAGGUUCCUCAUGACCAACUUUGAGGACUGGCCCAACACAGUACACCAGUGCAGCGAAAAAUAUCAGCAAACAUGGGGCGGCCCCAUGCCCUAUCUGGGCAGCAUGCAAGGGGCCUAUUUUAUACUCACCGACGACAAAAAUAUUGAACACAUACUCAGCAAAAACUUUGAGAGCUACGAAAAGGGGAAGCAGUUUCAAGAUGCAAUGGCCGAACUUUUAGGAAAUGGAAUCAUUGGGGCCGAUGGAUCCACAUGGUAUCGUCACAGAAAGAUUGCCUCACGCAUGUUCUCUGCCAAUCUACUAAGAGAAGCUUCCAAAGUCACCUUGAAAAAGGUUUCAGAGCUUUCCCAUGUUCUUCAGGAUGCUGCAGACACUGGCAAGGAAGUUGAUAUCCAAGAUCUCUUUUUUCGACUGACCUUUCAUAUCACAUCGGCUGUGGCUUUCGGGGUGGAAUACGGAAGCAUCCAACAAGAAAAACAGCAUCCAUUUCCUCUAGCAUUUGACGAAAUGCAGGUACUGCUCUUGCAGCGGUUUCAGGAUCCUCUCUUUCCACUCAAGCGAUACUUCAGUUUAACCCACAGAGAGAGAAAAAUUCAACAGCUCAAGGUCGUCUUGGACCGUCAUGCCAAGGAGGUCAUUCAAAGCCGCCGGCGAACUGCCAAAGAUGGAAAACUGGGUCCUGAUCUUUUGAGUCGCUUUAUUGACUAUGCCAAUACCCAAAAUGACCCUAUUUCAGAUGAGGAACUGAGGGAUGUCGUCAUGAAUUUCAUGUUGGCUGGUCGUGACACUACAGCUGCCGCUCUUUCAUGGACAUUUUAUGAACUCAGCAAUCACCCAGAAGUUGUGGAAAAGGUGCUGCAAGAAGCAAAUCAAAUUUGUGGCACUGUUGUUAGUGGUGACAACAAUGAUGGAGACUAUUCCUAUGAAGCCAUUGGAAAGCUGGAAUAUGUCCACGCUGUUGUGAUGGAGGUUCUUCGCCUGCAUCCUUCCGUUCCGGCUGAAGCCAAAUAUGCGGUGCACGAUGAUGUUCUACCCGAUGGAACCUUUAUUCCCAAGGGAGCUGUUGUGGGGUAUCCACCUUAUGCCAUGGGAAGGAACACUCGUAUUUGGGGCAGUGAUGCCAAUGAGUUCAAGCCAUCCAGGUUUUUGAACAGAAAAGAACCCACACCAUUCCAAUUUCCAGUCUUCAAUGCAGGAAGGAGGCUGUGUCUUGGCAAACCCAUGGCCCUCAACACAUUGAAAUUGACAGUGGCCUAUCUAGUUCAGAGAUUUGAAUUGAAAGACACCCAGGGACAUGAUGGGACCUACAAAUGGAAUUUUAUUUUAAAGAUGAAGGGAGGCUUUCCAAUUCAAGUCACCGCUCGACAACCAUGAGGAUGGCAAGCUGGGGAAUCGAAUUGUAGUGGGCUAGCUAGCUACCGUAUCUAUCGAGAUAAAACUAUAAAAUAUUGUCCGUAAUGGGGAAGGAGUGGUGCCA